AUGGCCAAGCUGGCUUUAGUAGCCCGCUUUCCGGAAUUCGCCGACAUUAUUGCCAUGUGCUACGUCGAUAAUUGUUUUAUCGGAUGCAGUAGUGUAGCUGAAGGCAAUCUCAAAGCCCAUAUGGCGAAGGAGAUCUUCUCAACCAUUGAUAUGAAUUUGCGCGAGUAUUACUGCAACAAUAUGGAAAUUCUCAGGGAUUUUUCCGAGCGUUCCUUGUCCGAUAAUCACCUUCAAAAAAUCCUGGGCCUCCCCUGGAAUGCUCUGCUGGACGUGAUUACGUGGACCAUUCAAUAUAAGACGCUCCCCACUAAAAAGAUUACUAAGCGAGUAGCCGCCCGCAUUCUCAGUAGCCUCUUCGAUCCCACCGGGAUCCUUAUUCCCGCUAUCCUCCCGGGUCGGCUUUUCCUGCAAAAGUUAUGGGAUUACCCUUACCAGUGGAAUGAUGAACUCCUUCCGGAUCAUCAAGUAGAACUCGCUGAGAUCAUCGCUGCCCUUCAGGGCGAGCAGCUCUCCCUACCCCGCGCCAUCGUCCACCGUAGUCCGGGCGAAACAAUUACCUUAGUCCUUUUUAGUGAUGCUUCCAGCCGCGCAUACGCGACGGUUGCCUAUUUACGAGUAGAAAACGAAUUCGGCGUCUCUGUUCACCAAAUCAAGGCCAAUUUCAAAUUGGUGCCCCUCCGCGGGAAGGAGCGCUUCACUAUUCCAAAAGUAGAACUUCUUGGUCUUUAUCUCUCGGGGAAAUUGGCUCUUUUUCUUUUUGACAAACUUGAGUUGACUUUUGAUUCAGUGCACUUCUUCGGAGAUAACACGGCCACCCUGGCUUGGCUCUCCAAACCUCCCCGCGAAGGUGUCUUCGUUCGGAACCGCCUCCAGUUCCUGACCGAGACAUUCUCUUUCUUUGCCAGUAAAGGCCUUCCUUGCCACGUCCACUAUGUGGAAUCCAAGGUCAACCCCGCGGAUCGUGCCACCCGGGGUCUUUCUGGGGCCGAACUCGCCGCUGACCACGUUUGGCUGCGCGGUCCGGAUCAACUACUUACGCCUCCCGUCAGUUGGCCAGUCUUUCAGCCUCGUGUAGUAGAUUCUCCUGACCUCUCCGAAGCGAUCCAUCCAGUAGUUCUUUCCGAGGAUUCCUUCCCUCUCGAGCCUAUUGCAGUGGAACUCGAAGUUGAGCCCCAGCCAGCCAAACCGCUGGACGGCCUCUCGAGAGCCCUUCUGCCUCGCUUCGGAUCACCGCUUCCGCGGUGCUCCCGUUUUGGGAUGCCCCGCAACUCCUGCCAGCCGUCCCGAUCGAACGCUUCUCCAAGUUCAGGUCUCUUCUUCAAACAG